UGUGUGUGUGUGUGUGUGUGUGUGUGAUUGUGCGUGCACAGGGAUCUGUAAAUUGAAAAGAGGAGAGUCACACCUCUAUGGUUUUAGAUGUCUUGAGGCUGUCAAAUACUAUAAAAGCCCCCUGCAUGACUACUUCUGAGACACCUACUCAGGUAGGAGCUAAGAAUUUAUGAAUUUGAGUCUCCUCCAGACAGCAUGACUCUCCAUCUUUGGCUCCCUCUGCUGGUUGUGCUUGUGCAGCCAGCUCUGAGUCUCUACAACUGUUCAUCUCAGUAUAACAGGGCCCCAGAAAAUUCAGACCUGACAGUUGAAUGUGGCGCCAGUAUGAUCACCCUGGAAAUCAACAUGUGCACGGUUCAGUGGUCGGGCUUCAUGGGCACAGACCUGGCUCUGAAUGGGAACCACAACACUACGGCGUGCCAGGGCUCUAGCGACACCAGUGUGAACCCUCCAAUCGUCCGUUUUCAACUUCCUGUUAACCAGAGCCAGGAUAACCCCUGCCGCCAGUCUCUGCAGAUUGUAGAUGAGGCCCCGGACCCCACAGGCCCCUUCAGCAGCUUCUCAAGUAUCCAGUCAGUUAUCAUCACCGGGUUCCUUGACACACCGAACUCUGACCAGGGGUUGAUCAGCUACAACACUGACCUCUACUAUCACUUCUCCUGCCGCUACCCACUGGAGUACCUCCUCAACAACACACAGAUUGUGACCUCCUCAGUGUCCGUGGCGAUCAGCAAUAAUAACGGAACCUUCAUUAAUACACUGAAAAUGAGUGUUUUUAAUGGCUCUGACUAUGGCUUCCCAUUAGUGGUACCUUCGACAGGGCUUGCGUUACGAACGAGGAUCUAUGUGCAGGUCCAAGCUGUUAACCUCACAGGAAAUUUCUAUGUACUGCUGGAUCAAUGCUUUGCCACUCCCACUCCUUACAACAUAUCACAAAAUGAGCAGCUCAACUUCUUCGCCGGCUGUUCAGUGGACCCAAGGACAUCUGUGACAAGCAAUGGCAUUUCCACGGUUGCCCGAUUUAACUUUGAGGCCUUCCGAUUUACCGCUUACCGCGACCAGGCAAAGUCCAGCAUCUAUCUGCACUGCAUGCUGAGACUCUGUGAGCCCAGCAAAUGUCAAGUGCUGUUGUCUUCCUGUAACAACAGAAGAAAAAGAUCUGUGACUCCUUUUGGAAAAGAAACCAGCGAAUCUGCCACUGUUUCAGUUGGACCUCUUUACACUGCCAGAGAAGACAUACCAUAUGCAGCUGCCUACAGUAAUAACAUGGCAUCAGAGAGGGAUAACGUGAACGUGACGGGCCUGGUGGUGGGGUUGGUGUUUGGCUUGGCUGCUGCUGUCUUGCUGGUUCUUGGUGGCUGGUUCACCCUGAAGAAGUUUUAUUGGGGGGGAGGAUUACUUCAUGACAAAUGACAAAUUGUCUUCGCCUCGUCGCCUCACAGCAUAUUGUGACUUUCUGACAAAACAAAAAUGAUGUGCUUCUCUAAAUCAAGGAGUAAAGUUGGGUUUCUAUUAUAGAAACAAAGGCUGUUUCUCUUUUAACGCUAGAAAAACACUUAUACAAGCAACAUUUAUGUCAAUGCUGGAUUAUGGUGAUAUUUUAUACAUGCAUGCAAAUCAAUCUUCUUUGAAAAUGCUGGACUCUGUAUACCAUGCAGCACUAAGAUUUGUAACUAAUUCUAGUUUUCGUACUCAUCACUAUAGCUUGUAUGAGAGUGUUGGUUGGCCUUCUUUGCACAAUUGCAGGUUGGAGCGUUGGUAUAUUUUUCUUUUUAAAGCCAUACUGUGUAAACUGCCUCCUUACUUAUGUUCUCUCCUGACUCCUAAAGUAACCACCAGGAAAUGUAAUCUUCGAUCAUAUGGGCAAAUCAUGUAUGACAUUCCCCAAACUGUCUUCAGUGAAAGUGCCUUUAAAGUUUCAUCCUGGUAUAAAUUGCAGAAUCAUCUUAAAUUAGACUACCAACCAACAAUGACACAAUUUAAAAUUAGGAUAAAGGACUAUUUGUGUACUAAAUGCACAUGUGCUGUUACUGAGCGCUGCUGGUGAUUAUGUUGAGAGAUAAUGUUAAAUUGCCAACUGUCUUUUUCUGUUUUCUGUUGUCUGUUUUUCACUAUAUAUUUUAAUAUGGAACUAUUAUACUGCUGUCUUGGCCAGGACUCCCUUGAAAAAGAGAUUCUGAAUCUCAAUGGGAUUAUUUUCUGGUAAAAUAAAGGUUAAUACAAAAUAAUUAAAUAAACAAAAAAUUUUAAUCUGAUAAUGUUGUGAUUUGUCAGUAAUAAUCAAAUGUGCUUGUCUGGUGACCAUGGAA